CGGCCGAGACCGUUUCCCUGCCCUCUCUCUCUCUCUGACGUUUCUUCCUCUUCUCCAAGAAGUGAAACAUUCCAAAACUCCAUUUCUCUGUCUCUGAAAACUCCUUCAAAGCUUCAACCAAAGUAGUCGUCGUUGACCCGGCCCAGACCCCCUCUACUCCCCACUUCUUAAAUAAAUACUCCAUUUUCUCAAAUUUCGCUUAUAUUCCGAGGCUUAUUUCCUCUUUGUACCAGCGAAGAAGAAAGAUGAACGAUUCCUUCUCUGCCGGCUCCUUCCCUGGCUUCUCUCGCUUCCGAGGCGAGCAAGCCUCCCCGGACUACCACCUCGUCGGGAUGUCCUCCACCGCGUCCGGUUCCACCGGCGACAACCUCGACAAGUUCUUUGACGACGUGGAGGCCGUCAAAGACGAGCUCAAGGAGCUGGACCGCCUCAACGAGGCCCUCCGGAGCUACAACGGGCAGAGCGUAACCCUCCACAACGCCAAGGCCGUCAAGGACCUCCGCUCCCGCGUGGAUGCCGACUUCGCCCUCGCCCUCAAGAAAGCCAACCUUGUCAAGGCCAAGCUCGAGGCCCUCGACAGCUCCGGCUGCGGACCCGGCUCGUCGUCGGACCGGGCCCGGACCUCCGUCGUGAACGGGCUGAGUAAGAAGCUCAAGGACUCCAUGGACAACUUCAAUGGCCUGAGGCAGCAUAUCUUGUCCGAGUACCGGGAGACCGUACAAUGGAGGUGCUUCACCGUCACCGGUGAAAAUCCCGAUGACAAGACCGUUGACCUUCUUAUCUCUACAGGUGAGAGUGAGACAUUCUUGCAAAGAGACAUUCAAGAGCAAGGCAGGAGUAGAGUUUUGGACAGCAUACAUGAGAUUCAAGAGAGGCACGAUGGUGCGAAGGAGAUGGAGAAGAAUCUGGAAGAGCUACACCAGGUGUUCCUGGACAUGGCCGUCUUGGUCCAGGCCCAAAGGGAGCGAAUAAUAAUGGACAGCCUCGCCAGAGGUAAAUGUUGCACACUGAGCUCUACUUCGCCAGAGCUAUUUCCGACUGCCAGGGUAUACGUCCGGAAGAACACCCGGAAACGGACGUGUUAUGGCAUUUUACUUUUUCUGGCGAUCAUCGUCUUUCUGGUGGUGCUUCUUAAUCUCAUAUUGAGUGAUUGAAAAUUGGGCUUUUUGUGUAAAUAAAAUAAAAUAAAAUAAAAGAGGGAGUGAAAUAGAUAGAUGCAUUACGUAAAUAGAUAUAUUCUUGUAACAUUUUGACAACAGAAGAAUAAUAUAUUAAAA